AUUUCUAAGCUAGGCCUUAAUUUCUUACCGUUAUACUUCAAAAUAAAAUUAUUGUUGUUUACACACUCGUAUGAAAAUUUGUGUAAAUCAAUUUGAGUUCAAACAACAAGGAGGAAUAUAAUUUGGUUCGAAAUGGGUGAUUCUAAAGAUAACCUUUUGUGGAUUUCUUGGCAUGACUCUGCUUGGAUACCCAUUCUUAAUCCUACCAAUGUAAUGGAUUACUUUCAGUCAACUACAAACCCUUUCUAUGAUCGAACUUGCAACAAUGAAAUUGUCAAAAUGCAGCGUCUCAAUAUGGAACACCUCAAUAACUUGACAGGACUUGAGUAUAUGCUUCUUCAUGUUCAAGAACCAAUUUUGUAUGUAAUUCGAAAGCAGCAUAGGCAUUCUGCAGCUGUAGUUACUCCACUUGCAGAUUUCUACAUUAUUGCUGGUGUAGUCUAUCAAGCACCAGAUCUUGGUUCUGUGAUCAAUUCUCGAAUUUCUACAACAGUCAAUCAUCUCCAAGGGGCUUUUGAUGAAGCUAGGACAUACUCAAGAUAUCACCCAAGCAAAGGUUAUUGGUGGGAGUUUAAGGAGACAGAAUCGAAAGAUGAAGAUGAGAAGAAAGCACAGAAAAAGAGUUCGAAGGAAAAAGCAAAGGAGGAGAGUGGUUCCAUGUUCCAAAGGCAUCGAGUUAACGUUUUGCUUGCUGACCUUGCCAAAAAGUUUCCUCUUAAAAAUACUCCUUAUCCAGCUACCAAUCAACAACCCGAACAAAGAGCAUUAACAGAAGAAAAUACUAAAGUCGAAGUUAAGGUAGAAGUUAAAACAGAACCUCAAGCCAACAAACCUCCACCAGAGAAAAAGCCCAGACUUGUGUAACUAACUUGUAAUUCUGUUGAUACAAUACUGCAUACUAUUUAAA